ACAAAAAUCUAUUAGUUGAAAAUAUAAGAAAACUAGCUUGAAAUAAAUAAUUAGACAAUAUACCAACAAAAUGGAUAUUUCUAUGGCUGGAUGAAAGAAACUCGUAGAAAAUUUAAGGAUGAUGACGAUUACACCACAAUGUGGUGUAAAAAGAAAUAAUCAGAUUGCCUCAUCUAAAGAACAUUUCUGUAUCUUCAGGAGGAUUCAAUAUGGAUUCCGAUUGUGCUUCAAGGACAAGGUGUUUCGAUGAGGGUGAUGAGCGAAGAGAACUAAUCGUUGGUAGCGAUAUUCACGGGAAUUAUAUUGAUUACUACCAAAGUCAUAACACCAGGGAAAAAGAUUCAACACUAAAUCCAUAUCGUACUAAUUUGUCUCCCAAGCAAGUCAUAAUAAAGAGGGGUCGCCCUAGGAAGUAUUGGCCAGAAUAUAGGGAACCAAUACAAAGCACGUACCAUUCAACACAUGAUGACCAACUACCAUCACUUGCUUUAGCAACACGACCAGGAAACGACCAUCGUCAAGAUCUGAGAGAAAACACUUUGAUCCAAGGAAAUGAUUAUUCCUCAAGAUCAAAGACAGCCGCUGAACAACAUGAAAUAGCACGGCAUUUAGAGCCAAUAGAGGGUUCUAGAAAACAUGCCAGCCGUCUCGUGGAUAUGCCCCUGAGUGAGCCAAGACACUCGCUGGGCUACCCCACACAAGAGAAAAUAGGUUCUGCUUUUACCCCAGCACGUGGCCGGUGCUAUAGGUCUUGUUGUCAAGGUAACCUUCAAAAGUACAGUGAACCUUAUUUCUUGCCUUGUUAUCCCCUCGUGAUCCAAGAACAAGUGACAAGCCCACACCUUGAGCGGGACAUCUGUUACCCUACUGCACAGCUGCCCAAUUAUAGCUUUGAAACGCAAAAUGAAAUAACGGCACAGCGAUCUUCGCCCAAAAAUCCCAUUAUCAUUGAUUGCUUUAGUUUAGCUAUCGAUGGAAACAAUGAAAAAAUCCCUGGAGCAGGCGUGAAUCAGGAGACUUCGGUAUCAAGAUAUCACUGGUACAAUGAAGAAGAUAGGCUUCACAAAGACACCAUCGAUCCUCCACGAGUAAUAAAAGUGAACCAAAACAAAUUUCAGCACGACUGUAUGAUUUGUCAGCAAAUAGCCACGGGGGAAGUGCAUCCACGGUUAUGCACCACAUCUGUUAUAGGUGACAAAUGCUGCUAUCAAACAAGCCAGGCAAAUUCUCAUUGUACAGCUUGUUUGACGGGAAACACUAAAGAUGAGUCAUCGGAAUCAUACUGGGACAAUACAGCACGUGAUACCAUUAACAGUGAAGACGUGCAUAGAAAGAAGUCACCUGACCAAGGAAAGAUGCCACGUUCUCCCAUAUAUACUGGAUUCAAGCAAGAAGAGUCUGACAGCCAAGAGGCGAACAUCGUGAUGAAAGACGACACGAGAACUGUCGUCAACAGCGCAUUUAGCAAUCCUAAUGAGAAGAAAUCUAAAAGCAAUGCCUAUGAAUCCAACCUCAAGGUACUUCGUAGGCAAGAGCCUCGGGUAAAUGCUGCAGCAGAAUUGCUUGAUGCUGACACACAGGAAUCUUCGCCGGGUGAUUCUGGUGAGGCGUCAUGUCAUCCUCAAUCUCAUAGUUAUUAUACUUCAACAAAUACAACACCACCUGAUAACUUGGCAGCAGACACCAAAAACAGCCUUGAGAGAAAUUGGGAGGCCAUGUACGAUAUAAUUGAAGAACCAGACAAGACAAGCAAAAAAUCCUAUUUCUGCAGUCAUUGUGGGAGAGCCUUCACUCAUCUGUCAAGUCUAAACAACCACAUCAGAACACAUACCGGCCAGAAGCCAUUCAGGUGUCGCUACUGUAGUAAACGUUUUGCACAAUCUGGGGUCCUGACUGCACAUUUACGAACCCACACCGGAGAAAAACCCUUUAAUUGCGUCCUGUGUGGAAAGAGAUUUGCACAGACAACUACAUUGGCCAAUCACGUUCGUACUCACACUGGACAGAAACCAUUUAGCUGCAGGUUCUGCAAAAGAACAUUUGCCCAAUCAUCAACGAGAAACAAGCACGAACUGUCACAUACCAAAGAAAAGCCAUUUGAAUGUAAAUACUGUGGAAGAUCUUUUACGCAAAGCGCAACCGUCAUGAGGCACAUGAGAAUUCACAUGCGAGAUAAUAAGUAUUCCUGUGUUCAUUGCGGAAAAACCUUUGCUUACCUUUAUUCGUUGGAUAAGCACCUAGACGAACACACCUAACCAUCUAACUACAGACUAAACCCUGGAUCAUAAUACUAGUAUGGACUACGGUAGACUUGCAGUCAUUGUUCAAGUCAUCUCUGACGGUCAAUUUAUUCACACAGAAAAGGAAAAAAAGACUACAGUAUUCAAACUCCACUACUAAAACAACUAUUCAUAACGAUUUUCAAAGCUAAUGCGUGAGAACAUCAUCCUAUUCCUAUUACAUUCAUCAUACCAAAAGCUUUGUCUAAUACUGCAUAAAAAGGAGAGCAUAUAUCGAUUAUGACCAGCUCUGUAUUAUAAGAUGCGCCUCUACUAUAGUGAAACAAAUCUGCGCCUGCGCAUGCGUACUUCGCUUGAUGUUAAAAAUUCAAUACAUAGAUAUAUUUUGCAUAGAAGCAUACAUAAGCUAGUUUUAAAGUUUUAUAGAUUUUAAGAAUAAUAUUAAGUGCAGUCAUCUCUCGUUACAGCGGGUACCCUCGGUACUGUGACUUGGUCUACCAGUAAUAACGAGCGUCCCCAAUAGGGAGAGCCAUUUCUUUGUAAGUACUUUUACCGGACAUUUUGCUCCUGUCCGCAAGAACGAGGGGUAUGUAAAUAUCGGCCGGGGUUGUCCGCAGACGAGAGUUGACUUUAACAUAAUGCGAGUUGCAGAAAACUCAUUGUGAAUUAACCCCACCUGAUGUGUUUGACUCCUAACCAAUGAAGCGAGUUUAGUUGAAGAAGCUAAAGAUAAAAUAAAAAUCAAAUAAGCCUUUAAUUAGACAAACGAACGACAUUCGUACUAAAACUAGAUCUACUAGAUUUCAUGCAAUCAGCCUGGCCGCCACCUCACGCAGGGGCAGUUACUUAGCUUAAUAACCCAGGGAAUUAUAGCUUGUUAAUCAGUAAUUAAUA